GCUGCGCGGAUUCUGUGGGCAGGCAGCUGGAGUGAUGCUUGGCUUCCUGGAGGCGAGGCAAGUCGGCCUGGACGAUCCUGGGAGGCUGCGGAGAGCGGAGGCCACCCGGAGGGUCUUAAAAUUGGAAUUAAACAAAGACAGAGAUGUGGAAAGAAUACAUGGCAGCGGUGUCAACACCCUUGAUAUUGAGCCUAUUGAGGGGAGAUACAUGUUAUCAGGUGGCUCAGAUGGCAUUAUUGCACUUUAUGACCUUGAAAACUUUAGCAGGAAAGUUCAUUACACCUGUAAAGCUAUUUGUUCUGUGGGCAGAAAUCAUCCCGAUGUUCACAAAUACAGUGUAGAGACAGUACAAUGGUAUCCUCAUGAUACUGGUAUGUUUACCUCAAGCUCAUUUGAUAAAACUCUGAAAAUAUGGGACACAAACACAUUACAACCUGCAGAUGUAUUUCAUUUUGAGGGAACAGUCUAUAGUCAUCAUAUGUCUCCAGUUGCCACCAAACACUGUUUGAUAGCAGUUGGUACUAAAGGCCCCAAAGUACAACUUUGUGACUUGAAGUCUGGAUCCUGUUCCCACAUUCUACAGGGUCACAGACAGGAAAUAUUAGCAGUUUCUUGGUCUCCACGUUAUGAAUAUAUCUUGGCAACAGCAAGCGCUGACAGUAAAGUAAAAUUGUGGGAUAUUAGGAGAGCAUCAGGAUGUCUGAUUACUCUUGAUCAGCACAAUGGGGAAAAGUCAAAAGCAUCAUCUGAAGCAGCAAACACAGCCCAUAAUGGAAGAGUUAAUGGCCUGUGCUUUACAAGGGAUGGGCUUCACCUUCUGACUAUUGGGACAGAUGAUCGGAUGAGGCUCUGGAAUAGCUCCAAUGGAGAAAACACACUAGUAAACUAUGGCAAAGUCUAUAAUGAAAGUAGAAAAGGAUUGAAAUUUACCAUCUCCCAUGGCUGCAGUCCAGAAUUUGUCUUUGUACCAUAUGGUAGCGCCAUCGCUGUUUAUACAGUUUACUCAGGAGAACUGAUAACUAUACUUAGGGGACAUUAUAAUACUGUUGACUGCUGUGUAUUUCAACCUAAUUUCCAGGAACUUUAUAGUGGUAGUAGUGAUUGCAAUAUUCUUGCCUGGGUGCCGGCUUUACGUGAACCCCUCCCUGAUGAAGAUGAUGAGGCUAUAUCCCAGAAAAAUCCAGCAUUUGAAGAUGCAUGGAGCAGCAGUGAUGAAGAAGGAUGAAUUUAAGUCAUUUGAUAGGAUAAAAGUGACAAAAUUCUCCAUUGUUGAGAAACUGGAGAUUUAUGCAAUUUUCUAUUGUCUGGGCAUUUUGUAAAGGCAUAAGAAUAAAGUACUAGUUGUUGAAAUUACCCUUCUUUGCAUUUGUACACUUUUCUUAAGAGAGUAGGAAGUGUACCUGAUUUGUAACCACAAAGCCUAGAUUUACAUCCUAGAUGCUUGCCUACAGGCCAACCAUUUGACCUCACUGAACCUCAGUCCUCUCCCCUGAAAAAUGAGGACAGUUAUACUUUACUCUCUGGCUCACACAGAUAUUCUGAGGAAAGUGCUUUAUUAAUUCUAUGGUGAUAUAAAAAACAUGAAAUAUCAUUAUGUAGAUAUCACAACCACAAAAUGCUGCUUGAUUUGUCACUGUUGUUGUUCAAUUUUGUCUGACUCUUCAUGACUCCAUUUGGAGUUUUCUUGGCAAAGAUAUUGGAGGAGUUUGCU